CAAGAGCACCAAUGGAAGCGUCAGUCUCAACGUAAACAACUAAAGUAAACUAUAAAAACAACAGUAAGUUAGGGGAAGCACUGUGUUGUAUGUGUUGAAGAGCGUCGGUCUACUCGGUGUCAUGGCGAGCAAUACCAUCAAGGAUGAGGCCCACACACCGCCCCUCUUGUCCACACGCAAAAGAAGGUCCGAGACUUGGUUAAAGUCCCAGGAAAAGAGACAGAAGGCCAAAAGAGACAGUGAUGAGGACUAUGUCGACAAGUCCGGGGCUGCUGUAGAGGGGAAGAGAGUAGGUCCGGCAUGUACCUGUAAGAACAAGUGUUACGGAAAAGUUGGGGUGGUGAAUGUUAACAGUUUAUUUAAGGCAUAUUGGGCAUUGGAAAGCCGUGACCUUCAGUCAGAGUAUAUUAACGCCAGGGUGCACACUGAGGAAAUUCCAAGGCUUAAAGUGAAGGGGAGGGAAGCUAGAAAGAAGCAAGGAAAAACUUACACAGUGGUGGUUAAUAAUGUUUCUAUUAAGGUCUGUUCCAUCGCCUUUCUAAAUAUUCAUGCCAUAUGCAAGCAGUGA